AGGAGGGGGCGGGAGGGGGACCGACCUGGCGGACUGGACCGUGUGCAGUGCCGGAGUUUGCUGGGGAUGCUGGAGUCAAUUCGAGUGACCGAAAAGCUUCGCUGGCCAGAGGUAGAGCUCACCAAGAAGUCCAUACUGCUGAAUCCUACUGGAAAAGAAUAUACAAGCCAAACUGGGUUCCAAGAAGUUUCAGUCAGUAUUCUCAAAGAAAUCUUCAAUGGAACCAAUGGCUACAAUGUUUUAUUGCACUCAAAAGGAGAGAAAAAACACUUGUCCUCCAGCCUUCAUAAGAAGCAUAGGAAAUCCAGCAAGCCAUCAGCUGUCUUGCGGAGUAAAGAACGCCGAGCCCCCAGCGCCCCUCUUCCAUUGGUGGGCAAGGAGUGGUACCUUGGUAACCGGUGCACUCCCCUGAUUGUGGGAAGUCUAGUUUCCAGCACUAUGAAAUUCCCUUGCAGCAUAUCUGUAAUAGGAAGUGGCAUUGGGCUGUCCCAGAGACCUAAAAGCAAGAUAAAAAGGCUGUAUUUUACAAGUCUGCAGAAGUCCAAGCCCACGGUCGGCCACGUUCAAGUGAGGGACAGCGAAGGCUCUGUUCGUCGGCAGUGCAUACUGAGUGCCAUCAAACCUUCAAACGUGGAAAAGGAACGGAUCAAAUUUUUUAAGUCUGACUUCACCUACAAUCCUCAGUUUGAGUAUGCUAAUCCUGUUUCACCCCACGUGUUGGCAAGGCACAGUAAUGCUUCCGAUACAUUUCUUAUUCAGGCUGUGAGGAUAAUGAAGAGGGCACUCCGGAAAUACGGCAGCUAUGAGAAAUUUGAACAAGUGACAGGAGGCAGUCUACUAUCCAAGAGCCGUAUCUGGUAUUUUGUGAAGAAAUACAUGGAAAAGGAGGACUGUCUGGGUGACAUUGCAGUUCAUCUGACAGAUGAUCUGCUCUCACGUGCAUCCAUGACUAUAGUGAAUGGACGCCCAACUCUGACAAUCAACGUGUCAACUGCUCGAGAGCACUGGCUGGAGGGAAUGCUGAGACACGAGAUAGGUACCCACUAUCUUCGAGGUUUGAACAACAACAUGCAGCCCUGGUGUAACUGGAAUGGUCGUAAGAAGCAUGCACUUAAACCAGUGAACCCAACUGAAGAGGGACUGGCCAGCAUCCACAGUGUCCUGUUUCGCAAGGACCCUUUCCUCUGGAGGGCAGCUCUCCUCUACUACACAGUCUACAAAGCCAGUUUUAUGUCCUUCAGUGAGCUCUUCCGAGAUAUUAGCAAGUUUGUGAAGGACCCAAACACUAGGUGGGAUUACUGCGUGCGAGCUAAGCGUGGUCAGACUGACACAUUACAAGCAGGUUGUUUUAGCAAAGAUCAAGUAUAUCUAGAUGGCAUUCUUAAAAUUUUGAGACACAGAAGUAGCAUCAACUUCCAGCUUUUAACAGCACUGGGAAAGGUUUCUUAUGAAGAUAUAGAGAAGCUGAAGAGUAUUGCUAUGUUACACCAUGUGCAAAUACCUCACUUCCUGCGGGACCAGACUCGAUACAAGGACGAGUUGAAUAAGAUCAUGGAAGUGAAUGGGUUGACGGACAGUGAACUCCAGUUAUUGGUCUAAAAAAAUCCUUAAACUGAUACAAAUAUUGAGAUCUCCAAACAAAUAUAUGACCACAUUCAUCUUUGCUAAACUAAGGUUGUCAUUCAGAGUUCGAAACUUGUUUAACAGGCAAUUUAUCUUUGGCUUGGUCCACUAUUUUCAGUUACUAAAUCACUGAAAGAGGAUCAGAAAUUUCUAAUUGAGGUGUGAAGUACUAAUAUUAAAUUAAAUAGGUAUAUUUUAUGUUUUUGUCACCGAGAUCAAAACUAAAUAACGUUUUGUAAAACAAAAAAAUUAAAAUCUGCGGGAGAAGAAUUGCCUAAAAAACAUUAAUUUGUACAAAAUAGAACACAAAGAUAAAUUGAAUUACAACUAUUCUAAGUAAAAAAAGAAGCAAGGCAAAAAAGUGUGGCCAACAGCAUGAUAUUUAGAAGAUAACACCUGUGCCCAUAUACGUAUAGCACCAUUUAUCUGUACAUCACCUCAUUGUGGUAUACUAUAAAAUGCUGCUGUUCUGUUCUUGACACAUCCAGCAGCAUUCACUUGUAAAAAAAUUCACAAUAUAAUAUAGUAAACUAAAUCUCCACAAGUACAGAAGAACUACGACAAUGGUCACAUCACAAUGGAAUUUCUGUGGAAUAAGAAUGCUCUACCUGUACAUUUCAAACAUACCAUUAUUAUAAAUUGUUCAAUUCUGUAAAACUGUAAAUUUUUUAAAAAGUAUAAUUUUCUUUGAUCUGCAGGAGCGUUCACUAGGAAGUUAGGAACACAGGAACACAUCAAGAACACAGGAGGUAUUGAUGUCAAAGAAACUGAGACUUGAAAGAAGGCUAUAUAUCAGAGGAACAGUUAUAGCUGAUGGGGCCAAUUAUGGGAUUAGUAGUCCUUUAUAUUUUGGAAGAUACUUGAAAGAACCUCCAGAAGUUUCAGUGGGUUCUUUUAUGUUAAGAGAAAUGGUUUAUCUCUGCACUCAUAGACAAAUAAAAUAUAGUCCUUACAGCAUCUAGUGCCAGAGGUCAAGUCCAACAAAGCAUAGAUUUAUCAACAGGAUUUGAAAUAAUUUAUAAUAUAUAAUAAUCCUUGCAUUUGAUAUAG